AUGGGCGACUGGAAUUUCCUUGGGGGGAUUUUGGAGGAAGUGCACGUCCACUCCACCAUUGUUGGGAAAAUAUGGCUGACCAUCCUUUUCAUAUUCCGCAUGCUGGUCCUUGGAGUGGCCGCUGAAGACGUGUGGAAUGAUGAGCAGGCUGAAUUCAUCUGCAACACAGAGCAGCCUGGCUGCCGGAAUGUGUGCUAUGACAAAGCUUUCCCGAUCUCCCUCAUUCGCUAUUGGGUCCUGCAGGUCAUCUUCGUGUCCUCGCCAUCGUUGGUGUACAUGGGCCAUGCGCUGUAUAGACUCAGGGCACUGGAAAAAGAGAGGCAGAAGAAGAAGGUUGAGUUGAAGGGCGAACUCGAAGAGACGUACGCAAUGGAUGAGGACAGGCGGAGGUUGGAGCGUGAGUUGAGGCAAUUAGAGCACAGGAAGUUGAACAAAGCACCACUGAGGGGGUCUCUUCUGCGCACCUACGUGUUUCACAUCCUCACCAGGUCCGUGGUCGAGGUCGGGUUUAUGAUGGGCCAAAUUCUGCUCUAUGGACUUGAACUGGAUCCCCUGUACAAGUGUGAGCGGCUUCCCUGCCCCAAUAUCGUUGAUUGCUUUGUCUCAAGACCCACCGAGAAGACAGUGUUCAUGGUAUUCAUGCUGGGCAUUGCCGCGGUUUCCCUGUUCCUAAACAUCCUGGAAAUCAUUCACUUAGGCUGCAAGCAGAUUGAGCUGGGGCUUUUUGGAUACUACCCCAAACUGAAAGACGACAUGAGGGAUCUCUACAUAAAUAAACCGCAGAAAAACUCGAGCGUUCAGCAAAUCUGCGUCUCCACCUCAAGACCUUCGCAGACAAUGAUCCCCACUGCCCCCAGCGGUUAUAACCUGUUGCUUGAGAAACCGAUGGAGUCCACCAUGUACCCAAUAUUUACGCCGCCGCCUGGAUUCAAGGCUCUUCAAGAUGAUCAGAAACCGUUUCAGAAAGUUGAGGAGCAGGAGCCAGGGGCCAAUCAGUUUAACACAAACUGUCAUUCCAGCGCCGGUGAGAGGCAGAAGAAGUCCAGUGGAUCAGAGAACCCAAGCCAGCGUGGCGAAGAGCUGGAGCAGCCAACCACUGCCUCCCUUCCCGUCUGCGGCUCCCAUCCAGCCAGUCAGAUGGAACCAUCGACGGCCGGAGUGUUGUACCCGCCCCUUCCCGCAGGUAUGCCUUCAUUCCCUGUCAUUUCAGCCAGCUCCAGUCGCAAGCCACGUCGAGUCAGUGCCACCCUGAACUGUGCCACGGUGGCAGAGCGCAGCGGCUCUGCCACGGAAUCUGAACCGAGUGACGGGGGAAGAUGUGGCUUCGGUGCCAGGGCGGCUUCGAAAUCAGACCUCAGGCGGCCCAGCAGAUCCGACACCCCCGAUUCCAUCUGCGAAUCCAGCUCAGAGUCGAAGCAUAGUGGAAAUGGCGACAGCCCCCAGGCUCUCUCUCCCUCACGGAGAAUGUCAUUGGCAAGUAACGCCAGCGGCAGGCGUGCUCCCACCGAUCUUCAGAUAUGA